AUGCACAUCCUUUGUGUGGCUGAAAAACCUUCCAUUGCAAGCUCGGUUGCCAGAACACUCAGUGGAGGAAAUAGUAGAACGCGUCAAGUUAAAGGAAAAGCAGGACGAUUUGCAAGGAACAUUGACUUCACUUUCGAUUUCCCCGAGUUUGGAAGAUGCGAUGUUACUAUGACUUCUGUGGCAGGUCAUGUGACCAAUAUAGAUUUCCCGGACCAGUAUUCAUGGGGUCAUUGUAAUCCUGAAGCAUUAUUUGAUGCACCUACAAUCAUCAAGGUAGGAAAUCCUGUUAUAGCAGAUAACAUUACCAAAGAGGCUCAGAAUUGUGAUCUUCUUAUGAUCUGGACAGACUGUGAUCGAGAGGGAGAAUAUAUUGGAUGGGAGAUUGUUCAACAGGCGAGUAUCAGAAACCGAGGGAUGACUUUGGAAUCGGCGUAUCGUGCCAGAUUCUCUCACUUAGAGAGAUCGCACGUGAUCUAUGCUGCCAAGCAUCCUGUGAGACUUGACAAAAAGGCCAUUGAAGCAGUCAAGACUCGAAUGGAGCUUGAUUUACGAACUGGAGCCUGUUUGACUCGAUUCCUCACUGGUCUCUUUGGAAGGGUCUUGGAUAAAGGCUCGCCUAUGGUUUCUUAUGGAGGAUGUCAAUUUCCAACUCUAGGUUUUGUUGUUGAUAGAUACAAGCGAAUCAAGAUGUUCAAGAAGGAACCCUUUUGGCAGAUAUCUUUAGCGUUUAAGAAGAAACAGAAGCAGUGUCUGAUGACGUGGGAAAGGGGUCAUCUUUUUGAUAGACUAGUUACAGUUUGUAUCUAUCAGAACUGCCUUAAACUAGAGCCGGAAUCGGCAACAGUUAUUGGAGUGGACACGAAACCAACCAGUAAUUGGGCACCGUUACCGCUCACAACAGUAGAAAUGCAAAAGGAUUGCGGCCGGUUCUUCAAACUCACUGCCAAGGAUACCCUUUCAGCAGCCGAGACUUUGUAUACCAAGGGAUUCAUCUCAUAUCCAAGAACGGAAACGGAUACGUUUCCGAAGGCCAUGGAUUUACGUAAAUUGGUUGAGAAGCAGGUAGAAUCAUCGAAAUGGGGUGCCUAUGCACGUUCUUUACUUGAUGAUACGGGUAAUUUUCGGCAGCCGAGGACAGGAAAGCAUAGCGAUGAAGCCCAUCCUCCUAUUCAUCCGAUUAUAUUGGCUGGAGAACAGGCCAGCUUAACGUCAGUACAGAAAACGGUUUAUGAAUACGUUGUUCGACGAUUUCUAGCGUGCUGUUCACCCGAUGCAAAGGGUCUGAAGAGUAGUAUACGGGUGAAAUGGGGUACCGAAGUGUUUAGAGCAGCUGGGCUUGUAGUUACGAGUAACGGAUACUUGGAGAUCUUUAUCUACAGUAAAUGGAAGUCAUCUAGGACGUCUUUACCGGAGGUUGAAUUGAAUGAAAGGGUGAAAUUGUGCAAGGUUCUGGUGACAGAAGGUAGUACAGAACCUCCAAAGAAGCUAACAGAGACAGAACUCAUUGCUUUGAUGGAUGCCAAUGGUAUCGGUACAGAUGCCACAAUUGCAGAACAUAUUGAUAAGAUUAAGUCGAGGAACUAUGUGAUUAUGCAAAAGACUAGUGAGGGAAGAAGCAAGACAAGCGUUAUAGUACCUACGGAGUUGGGAUAUGGUUUAGUGGAGGGAUUUAAUAGGCUCGGGUUGAUCAAGAUUUCGUUAACCAAGCCGUUUUUAAGAAGAAUGUUGGAGACUAAGUUGAAAUAUAUAUGCGAAGGACAAGUGAGUCGAAAGGAUGUAUUAGCGGAGACCAUCAGUCUGUAUAGAGAAGCAUAUACGUUGAUGACUAGACAGCAGAGUUUGUUGUUGCAGAGUUAUAAAGAGGCCAUUAGGACCAAUGAUUAA